AUGCUGUGGUACCUCUGUGUACUCUUCCUCAUGGGUGUGACUGGGACUGUGGGGAUGCAGCAGACCUCAGCAUCCUUCCCCCCUGGAGCCAGCGCCCCUGGAGACAUCAUCAUCGGAGGCCUGUUCCCCCUCCACCGUGGAGCCCGACUCGAGGACACCGCAUUUUGGCCAAACCAAAGCAGUCCCCAGCAAUUGAUCUGCGUAGGAUUAAAUGUGGAUGACGUUACCCAAGCACUAGCCAUGAUCCAGGCAGUGGAGGAAGCCAACCGCUCCCAACCGCUCAGCCGACUGGGCAUCAGGCUGGGUUACCACAUCCACGACUCCUGCUCGGACGUUAGCACGGCCCUACGGGCCACUAUUGACUUCACACAGGGCUUCGGCUUCCUUGGCGGAGGGGACGACAGCCAGGUCAGCAGCAACAUCAGCUCAGAGCUCGUCCAGCCUGUGAUGGCCGUGGUGGGGGCAGGCUACACAGAGCUCUCCGUCCCUGUGGCCCAACUGCUCACCCUGGAGAUGACUCCUCAGAUCAGCUACUCAUCCACUGCUGAAAUACUCAGUGACAAAGAAAGCUUUCCCACUUUCCUGAGGACUGUACCUAAUGACGAUUACCAGGUAGAGGCCAUGGUGAAGUUAUUAAGGAACAACAAUUGGACUUGGGUAGGCCUAAUUGGCACAAGAGGACAGUAUGGUCGCUCAGUAUUGGGCAAAUUUAUCUACACAGCAAUGAGAAGUGGCAUCUGCUUGGCCUUUAGUAAGGUCCUGCCUCACUCUGUGACUCACCCUAGAGUUAAUCGCUCCAUCAGCUAUGUUGUUCAUAAAAUUCGCAAGAACACACGGGCAAAGGUGAUUGUUUCCUUCGCCAAGCCAGAACACAUGCGGAGGAUUUUCGAAGAGUUAGUACGUGACCCGGCUGAAGACAGGGUGUGGAUCGCUAGCGAUGCCUGGUCAGAUGCAGGUAAGCACAUGGAUCACCUUAACUUCACCUCCCUCGGAAAGGUCAUUGGCUUCUUCUUUAAAAGUGGCAACAUCUCAUCCUUCCGGCAGUACCUCAAGCAACUGAAUACCAGCAGGGAAAUGAACUCCAGCAAUGACAACAGUAUUCCAUUUAUGCGGGAGUACUACCAGUCAGUUGAUCCUGUCAGUGUCACAUCAGUGCUAUUGAACCACAUACAUCCAGGCAAAGUUUUCAGCAUCCAAAUGGCCAUUGCUGCCAUAUCACAGGCUGUAGCAGAACUCUGCUCAAAAGGACACGACUGUAAGACUCCUGGAGCAGUUAAGCCAUGGCAGCUUCUGCAUGUCCUGCAGAAUAUUACAUUUGAGAAGGAAGGCAGGAAGUACAGAUUUGAUGAAAAUGGGAACAUAAACCUGGGUUACGACAUCUCCAUCUGGUCUACCACUGGAGGAACUAUAAGAUCCCUCAACGUGGUGGCAGAGUAUCAUCCUCACAACAACACAAUUAGACCCACAAGCCCUGAGACAGAGUUGCAGCUCAGUGUUUUCAAGAGUGUUGUAUCCAAGUGCUCCAAUACCUGUCAGCCAGGAGAGGUAAAGAAGACCAUGCGGUUCCGACACACUUGCUGCUACAAGUGCAUUGCAUGCCCUGAGAACCACUACUCCAAUGAAACAGAUAUGGAUGAGUGCCUUACUUGCAACGCAACGAAAGAGUGGGCGCCGGCCAGAAGCACAAGCUGCCAGUUGAAGAGCCAUGUACUGUUGGACUGGAACGAUGGCUUUGCCAUUGUCCUGCUAACACUGGCAGCACUGGGUCUAGCCAUGACGAUAGCUGUUGCUGCGUUGUUCCUGUGGCAACGGAACACACCGGUGGUGCGGGCGACAGGGGGUCCAUUGAGCCAGGUCAUCCUCUUCUCUCUGAUUGGCAGCUUCAUAAGUGUGGUGUUCUUUGUGGGCCAGCCCAGCGACAUCAAGUGCAAGGUUCGCCAGGUGCUGUUUGGCCUGAGCUUCACCCUGUGUGUAUCGUGCAUCCUGGUGAAGUCUCUGAAGAUCCUGCUGGCUUUCCAAUUCAACCCAUCUGUGCAGCAGGCCCUGCGACGUCUCUACAAGCCCUACAUCAUCAUCGGGGUCUGCAUGGGGCUUCAGGUGGUGGUCUGCAUCCUCUGGUUGGUGCUGCGCAGUCCAAAGGCGAGAUAUAGCCCAGGGCCAACCACCAUACUGGUCCAGUGUGAUGAAGGCUCGUACGCUGCAUUCGGCACAAUGCUGGCCUUCAUUGCUUUUCUGGCGCUUGUCUGUUUCGGUUUCGCCUUCAAGGUUCGGAAACUUCCGGAGAGCUACAACGAAGCCAGGUGCAUCACCUUUGGCAUGCUCAUCUACCUCAUGUCAUGGGCGAUCUUCAUUCCUGUGUACGUGACCACCUCUGGAAAGUACCUCCCCGCUGUGGAGAUGGUGGUUAUUCUCUUGUCUAAUGGCAGUAUCUUCAUCUGCCAAUUCCUAUGCAAGUGCUACAUCAUCCUCUUCAAAAAGGAACACAACACGAAAAAGGCCUUCCAAAAAAACAUCUAUGAGUACUCUCAGCAGUUGUGUUCAGUGGAAGGAAACUCACGGGGCGACUUUGAGGAGAGUGCACAACAAGGCACCUUGAAUUUCCUUGCUGAAGAGUUUCCAAAGUAG